AGCAGCAGCAAAUAGAGCCUGCACUACAGCAGCAGCAGAUAGAGCCUGCACUACAGCAGCAGCAGCAGAAGCCGGUAGAAGGGCAACACGCGGGGCGGCAGCUGAGAAAGAAGCCGGGAGAAUGGCAGCGAGGGCAGCAGCAGCAGCAGGGACAAGGGCAGCAGCAGCAGCGGCAGCGGCAGCCGGGGCAGCGCGCGGGGCAGCAGCAGGAGCAGCAGGAGAGCUGCGCCCCGCGCUGGAGCCGCGCGGAGUGCGAGCGGCGCCGCGUGCUGCGAGCCUGCGGGGGCCGCUCCCUGCAGGAGAGAGUCCGCGCGCUCCGCGCCGCCGCCUCCGGCACGGCCCGCGGGCCCGCGGCUGGAGCCCCGCGGGUCCGGCACUCGAGCGUGGGCGACUACGACGACGACGAGGACGACGAGGACGACGAGGAGGAGGAGGGUGGCGGUCGAGGGUCGAGGUCCGUGGGGGUGGCGAGGAGGCGACCGCCUCGGAGGUGCCGGGAGCCGGCACGCCGCUCCUCGGACGCGGGGGUCGGCGCGGCCGCGGUCCCCGCGGCCGCGCCCCCCUCGGCCCUCGGGGCCACCGGCGGCCCCCACGGCGCCCCCGAGGGACAGCGCACGGGGGGAUGCUCGUCGUUGCCGGGGAGACGAGUCGCCAUGGCGACCGUGGCGGAGGGGGAGGCGGCAGGGUCCCUGGCGCGCAUUCCGUUCAUCGACGAGCCGGUGAGCCCCAGUGUGGACUACUCUGGCGCCGGCAUCUCGGCCGUGGAGGUCUUCACGAGCAGCCACGAGCCCGAGCCACCCCUCCCCCACGGUGA